UGCAAGUUCUCAACCAAGACUUUGUGGAAACAACUUUAAGAUGGAUUCUGAUGCAAGUUCCACAUGCAGUCGGUCUUCUUCACCCGAGCUGGCUGUGGACUCCAGCUUUUUCUCCAACAAGGUGUUUCAAGCUUACUGCGCAGAUAGAGAAACGGGGCAGCCCAGGUCUGAAAAAACACCACUGAACUCCGGAUCCGGUGGAAAGAACCGCACACGAGCCGAUCUCUCCAAUGAUGACCUGCAAGAUCUACGACUUAAAGUGAACAGCCGAGAGCGCAAACGCAUGCAUGACCUCAACCAGGCCAUGGAUGGGCUCCGAGAGGUGAUGCCCUACGCUCAGGGCCCAUCUGUACGCAAGCUGUCCAAAAUCUCCACCCUGCUUCUCGCCAGAAACUACAUCCUCAUGCUGUCCAGCUCUCUGGAGGAGAUGAAGAAGCUAGUAGGUGAUGUUUAUGGAGCCAGCAGUCAGGGUCACUCGGCUAGACGGGUUCUACAACCAACUUCGGCUGCUACGGCAUCCCAGUUGCCGCUGCUCUCGCUUGCCCCGUCUCUGCACUCUUUGGUGGGCAGCACUUCCCAGCACACCUCAACACCUAUGGUGGCCCAAGCCCCUCAUUCUCCACCCUCGGCUGGGUAUCUGGGUUUCCCUGCUCCACCUCUUCACACCCUGCUGAAGGACCCUCUGCAUCUUUCCAGCGGCUACAGGCAUUUUCCCGGCAUGCCUUGUCCCUGCUCCCUUUGCCAGCCUCUUCCUGCUUCCACAGCCAGCCUGCACAGCCUCUCAAUGGGGAAGUGA